AUGUUUAACCCUAAUAACCCUAACCCUAAUAACAGAAGUAAUAAUAAUUUAACAUCAGAUGAUCGCAUGAUGUUAAGCAACAACUUCAAUCUCCAACUACAACAGCAUCAUCAAUCAACUCUAUUUACGAAUAAUACAACAAUGAGAUUAAACGAUCCUUUGGCCAGUACAAGUACAAACUACCAGGAGAAUUUCCCGUAUUUAAUGCCACAUCCUAUGUAAGAAUAAUUUAUUGAAAGAAAAAAAAACUAAACAUAUAUGUACAUUAAAAAUUGAAUUUCUAUAUUUUUAAAGGGGUGCAUCAUCAUUGGUAAACAAUAUGCUGAAUCAUAUUAAUGGAAUGAAUUCUUCGAACUGCAGCUUAUUCAAUUCUGAUGAUAUUUUUCCAAUAUUUAAUACUCAAUCAGGAUUAGACAACAGCCGCAUGUUUAGAGACAAUGCAAUAUCACUUGGCCCAAAUGUUCAAACGUCAAACAGUGCUCAGUAUUCCAAACCAGAGGCUGCAGAAAGGACAACUUAUGGUAAUAAUUAUUAAUUUUAGAUUAUGAGUGUAUUUUUACUACGAUAUGUUUUUAUCAUAAAACACACUUUUUUGAUAAAUAAAAAUAAUUCCAUUUUUUCAUGAAGUACCUUUAAUGAUUUUACUUCAUUUUGAAAAAUUGUUUUAAAUUCUUGUUAGUUUUUCUUAAAAUUAAAUAUUAUUGGACAACAAAUUACGAUUUAUAAUUUCAUUUUUUUUUAUUUCUACGUUACCUUGACCAUAAAGGAAAAAACCAAGUGGGGUUUGUAACCUGCCAGUUUACCGAUUUUCACUCAGAAUCAUUUUUUGAUUGUUAUAGGGUGCUUUAUUUAGUAUACAUAGGUAUUUAUGUAUCUAUACUAAAUUACUCAUAACCUUAACCUGACCAACUUCUGACCUAUAACAGUGGUCUACCUAUGAUGGGAAGUUAUGUGUCGAGUUUUUCAUUUGAUAUAUUCUUAAAUUGUUGUCAUUUUUAUUAAUUUGAUUAUAUUGUAAUUUGAAUACCUACUAUUUACAACUUUACCUACAUGCAGGUAGUUAAAUCAUAAUUUGUGUCAUAAUAUUAUUUUUAGCUAAACGAAUUAAAUCCACUGGUUCAACUGUGGGGGAGUUUAGAAUGAGAAAUAAAGAUUUCCCUGCUUUGCCUGGUACUGAAAAUGUUAAUAAUGCUUCAACCUCAAAUGUAAAUCCAACCCAUCAGUGGCAUUCAAAAACUUUUGGUUCUGGAAACAAAUUAUUGGAAGAAAAUUGCAUGGAACCCUUUAUGAAUCAAAUAUUUGAUCAGCCAAGCAGUAGCCGUGCUAACAUCGACUUCCCAUAUAUGAUUCGUCACACUGAUGGCAAAAGUGGAGUUCAAAUAUCACCUGAAGGUUUGUUAUUUAUAGUUUACUAAAUAAUAACUAUUUACUUUAUUAAAGUUAUAAUUCAAUUUAAAUGGUUUUAAGUUGAUUUAUUCUGGAUAUUCUCUAUUUACUUGAAUCAUUUUAUAUUUAUUCCUCAAUUAAAAAUACAUUAUGUAUAUUUUAUAAGCUGAAACGUUUUUUAAUGUGAUCUUACAAGUUUAUACAUUUAGUAAUUAAUACUGGUUAUCUAGGUAAAGUUACAAAUAUACCAGGCACUAUGUUAAAAGAUCAAUUUGGUAUUAUUGGUCAAAUAAUGACUAUGAGAGCAGCAUCAACUGAUCCUAGUUUGGUAGAAUUAAGCAUUGGAAUAGAUUUGACCACACUUGGUAUGGAUUUGAACUCCCCUGGAAACAAUUAUCCAACAUUUGGUGGUCCAUUUAAAAACUGUCCACUUCAACCCCAUGAAACAGAACAUCAAGUACCAUCUGAGUAUCUGAUUCAUCAAAAAAUCAAGUGAAAAGUUAAAUGUAUAGUCUUAGUUACUUAGUUACUAAUUUAUGUUCAUUUUAGGGAUAAGUUGGCUCCAAUAAAUUUCAGUAACUUUGGCGAAGACCUCCUAUUUUAUCUCUUUUAUAACCAUUUUGGCGAUAGUAUACAGCCGGCUGUUGCUAAAGAAUUGUAAGUGAUAAACAAGUCGUGUUUGGGUUUUUUUAUUUGUAUAAUACAACAGUAAUUUAUUAUACAGGUAUUUGCGAAAUUGGCGUUAUCACACGGAACAACGUAAAUGGAUUACACGAAUGUCUGAAAUAAGUGUCACAGAAACUGAUGGUAUUAUAUUUGAAUGUGGCAUUUAUAAUGUCUUUGAUACUGAAACUUGGCGUAAGAUCCCCAGAAAGUUGUAUGUAGAUCACAGCAAGUUGGAAAACCCUGAAAGAGAAACAUAA